AUGAAGACUUUCUACUCAAUUCAAAUACCACACCAUUUUUAUUGUGCAAGAUUCUUCUCUUACACAACCAAAAGGACUCAACUUUCUUUUCCUGCAAAGGUCUUCAUUUGCCAGGCAAAAUCGGGCAUAGAUGGGUCAUUGAAUUUAAAAGUGGUAUCUCCCACUCUGUUAGUAGCUGAGAAGGAAGAAGCCAAGGCUGUAUUGACCUUGUUUUUGAAGAAACAAGGUUUGAGCAAUGCGGUUGCUGCUAGAACCAUCAACAAGUCAGAUCUUUUUAUUGAUCAUCUUGUCUCAAAGCUUCAUUCUAAACACAAAUCUUGGUAUCUUGCAGGAAGAGAACUUACAACUUUGGAGAUCAGGGAUGCUCUUAUCCCUUAUCUUGAAUCUCUUUUUGACGAGCAUGGUGACAUUCUAGUGGAUGUAGUGGAAAACUAUCCAAAUCCACCUGUUCAGGACAAAUCAGCAGUGUCAGUUCCUCCUUCUUGUCCUGUGUUAGACUCUAGGAAGCUUAAAGCUGUGUCACUAGCGAGUGAGAUAGACCCAGAUGGUGGCAAUCUGCGACCUCAUGUUGUCUAUCUCAUGGAACUUGGUAUGGAUAUUGAGCAGAUUCAGAGUAUUACAAAUAGAUUCCCAGCUUUUGCCUACUAUAGCUUGGAGGGUAAAAUUAAGCCAGUCGUUGAGUUUUUUCUUGAACUGGGAGUGCCAAGAGAGCGCAUUCCCGCUAUCCUCAGUAAAAGGCCUCAAUUAUGUGGUAUCAGUCUAUCUGAAAAUCUUAAACCAACCAUGAAGUUCUUAGAAUCAUUGGGUGUUGACGAGAAGCAAUGGCCAAAGGUGAUCUAUCGCUUCCCGGCCCUGCUAACUUAUAGCAGGCAGAAAGUGAUGGAAAGCAUAAAUUUCCUCCAUGAAUUGGGCCUCUCUAAAGAGAACAUAGGUAAAAUUUUAACUCGUUGCCCCAAUAUCGUUAGUUACAGUGUAGAGGACAAUCUCCGACCCACAGCUAAGUACUUCCGUUCUUUGGGGGCUGAUGUUGGCAUUCUUCUAUUCAGAUGCCCACAAAAUUUUGGUCUUAGCAUUGAGGCCAACCUAAAACCUAUAACAGCAUUUUUCUUGGAGAGGGGAUACACUUUGGAUGACAUUGGGACCAUGAUUUCAAGAUAUGGAGCUUUGUAUACUUUCAGCUUGACUGAAAAUUUGAUUCCAAAAUGGGAUUUCUUUUUGACCACAGGAUACCCAAAAUCUGAGCUGGUUAAGUUCCCUCAGUAUUUUGGAUACAGUUUAGAGAAAAGGAUUAAACCUAGAUUUGCAAUUGUGGAGAAAUCUGGAGUAAAGUUACUGUUGAACCAGGUUCUUUCACUGUCAAGCAACAACUUUGACAAGGCCUUGAUAAAGAAAAUGAAGAAAAUGCAUGAUGGUUAG